AUGGAGACGCUGAACGGCCCCACCGGCGGCGGCGCCCCGGACGCUAAGCCUCAGUCGCUCGGCCAGCACCACCGCCACCACCACCUCCACCCGCUGGCCGAGAGGAGGCGGCUGCACCGCGCACCCUCGCCCGCCAGACCCUUCCUCAAGGACCUGCACGCCCGGCCCUCCGCGCCCGGCCCGGCCCCGGCUGCCCCCUCCCCGAGCCGAGUCGCGGUGCCCGCCGCCCCGCGCUCGCCCAGCCUGGCGGGCAAGGCACCGCCCUCGCCGGGGCCCGUGGCUGCUCCCGGCCGCCUCUCCCGGCGCAGCGGCGGCGUCCCCGGCGCGAAGGACAAGCCGCCGCCGGGCGCUGGGGCCAGGGAGGCGGGCGGCGCCAAGGCCGCCCCGGGAACCCGGAGGGCGGCGCGCGCGGGGCCCUCCGAGCCACUGCCUCGGGCCGGGAAGCCGCCCGCGGCCGAACUGUCGCCUGCCGCCGCCAAGGGCCGCAAAGCCAAGCGCGGUUCCGGGGCGCCAGCCGUCCGCACCCUCGGCCCCCCGGCCCCGGCCGCUCGCGUCCCCUCCGUGACCCUCUCCGUGACCUCGGUGGCCGGCUCCCCUGCGCCGGGCUCGCGCAUCAGCCACACGGACAGCAGCUCCGACCUCUCCGACUGUCCCUCCGAACCCCUGUCCGACGAGCAGCGCCUGCUCCCAGCAGCCAGCAGCGAUGCGGAGUCCGGCACCGGCUCCAGCGAUCGGGAACCCCUGCGAGGAGCGCCCACGCCAAGCUCUGCAGCCCGGGGGGCGCCGCCGGGCAGCCCCGAGCCCCCAGUGCUCCUCGCCGCGCCCCCCAUCGCCUCUCUCGGGGGCCGAAGCAGCCCAGGCGGGGUCCCGGUGGGGUCUCCGGGACCGUGUGCGGCGGAGGAUGCUGGGGGACGCGUGCCGCCGGAGCGAGCGGUUCCCGGGACACCCAAAGAGCCCAGCCCGGGCGAGCAGGCGCGGCUGGUGCAGGUGCCGGUGGCGGCGGAGGAGGAGCUGCUGCGGGAGAUGGAAGAGCUGCGCUCGGAGAACGACUAUCUCAAGGACGAGCUGGAUGAGCUCCGAGCUGAGAUGGAAGAGAUGAGAGACAGUUACCUGGAGGAAGAUGUUUACCAGCUGCAGGAACUCCGGCGAGAACUGGACCGCGCUAAUAAAAACUGCCGGAUCCUGCAGUACCGUCUCAGGAAAGCCGAGCAGAAGAGCCUGAAGGUGGCCGAGACCGGGCAGGUGGAUGGCGAGCUCAUCAGAAGCCUGGAGCAGGACUUGAAGGUAGCCAAGGACGUGUCUGUCAGAUUGCACCACGAACUGGAGACUGUGGAGGAAAAGCGUGCGAAGGCCGAGGACGAAAAUGAAACUCUGCGGCAGCAGAUGAUUGAAGUGGAGAUAUCCAAGCAGGCCCUCCAGAACGAGCUGGAGAGACUGAAGGAGAGCUCCCUGAAAAGAAGAGGCAGUCGGGAAAUGUACAAGGAGAAGAAGGCCUUGAACCAGGACGACAGCGCCGACCUGAAAUGCCAGCUCCAGUUUGCCAAAGAGGAAGCCUCCCUGAUGCGCAAAAAGAUGGCCAAGCUGGGGCGGGAGAAAGACGAGGCGGAGCAGGAGUUGCAGAAGUACAAGGCCCUGUACGGCGACGUGGACAGCCCCCUCCCCACGGGGGAGGCCGGUGGGCCCCCCAGCACCAGGGAGGCCGAGCUGAAGCUGCGGCUGAAGCUGGUGGAGGAAGAAGCCAACAUCUUGGGCCGGAAGAUCGUGGAGCUGGAGGUGGAGAACCGAGGCCUCAAGGCGGAGAUGGAGGACAUGCGGGUGCAGCAGGAGCGGGAGGGAGCGGGCCGGGACCACGUGCCAGCCAUUCCUACCUCACCCUUCGGCGACUCCCUGGAGUCGUCCACGGAGCUUCGCCGGCACCUGCAGUUUGUGGAGGAGGAAGCGGAGCUGCUGCGGAGGUCCAUCUCCGAGAUCGAAGACCACAACCGGCAGUUGACCCACGAGCUGAGCAAGUUCAAGUUUGAGCCUCCCCAGGAGCCAGGGUGGCUGGGGGACAGCACGGGCAAGGGUCCCGGAGGCGGGGCCCCCCUGCAGGAGGAGCUCAAGUCGGCCAGGCUGCAGAUCAACGAGCUGAGCGGGAAGGUGCUGAAGCUGCAGUACGAGAACCGGGUGCUGCUGUCCAACGUCCAGCGCUGCGACCUCGCGGCCCACCUGGGGCUGCGCGCCCCGAGCCCUCGUGACAGUGAUGCCGAGAGUGACCUGGGCAAGAAGGAGAGCGAUGGGGAGGAAGCCCGCCUGUCCCAGCCCAAGCGGGAAGGGCCCGUGGGUGGGGAGAGCGACUCGGAGGAGACGUUCGAGAAGACGUCGGGCUUCGGUAGCGGGAAGCCCUCGGAGGUGAGCGAGCCGUGUCCGGCGGAGCUCCUGCGGGCCCGUGAGGACUCCGAGUGCCUGGUGACCAUAAAGCAGGAGGCACAGCGGCUCGAGCGGACCGUGGAGCGCCUUAUCACAGACACCGACGGCUUCCUGCACGACGUGGGGCUGCCGGGAGGUGGCACAGCCUCCCCCUGGGGGCCAGGGGGCCAGGACGAGGGUGAGGGGGGCAAGAAGGAGUCCCACCUGCUGGGUGCCAUCAAUGCCAGGAUGAAGGCUUUCAGGAAGGAGCUGCAAGCCUUCCUGGAGCAGGUGACCCGGAUUGGGGAUGGCCUGUCCCCCUCAUCCCACCUCACUGAGUCGUCCAGCUUCCUCUCGACCGUGACCUCCGUGUCCCGGGACUCCCCCAUCGGGAACCUGGGCAAGGAGCUGGGCCCAGACUUGCAGUCCAAGCUGAGGGACCAGCUGGAGUGGCCGUUCAGCCAGGAGCGAGGGGACGAGCGCGAGAGUCCGCGCCCGCGAGCCGCCCGGGAGCUGCACCGGCAUGCCGACGGCGACGCUGGGAGCCACAGGCCGGGAGGCCAGAGCUGCUUCAACCUCGAGAUGGAGGAGGAGCACCUGUACGCCUUGCGGUGGAAAGAACUGGAGAUGCACAGCCUGGCUCUGCAGAACACACUGCACGAGCGCUCCUGGAGUGAUGAGAAGAACCUGCUGCAGCAGGAGCUGCGGGCCUUGAAGCAGAACAUUUUCCUGUUCUACGUCAAACUCCGGUGGCUGCUGAAACACUGGCGGCAAAGGAAGCAGAUGGAGGAGGAGGGAGAGGACUUCUCGGAGGGCGACCAUCCAGAGACCUUCCCUGGGCUCAAUGACCUUGGACUUCAGGGGGGUCACCAGGUGGAUGGACCAGACCUAGAUGACAGCGACCGAGGCUGUGGCUUUCCCAUGGGGGAGCUCCCCCAACACGUUCCAGGGCAGAACGGCCAGCAUGGAUUGAGGCUGCAGACGGCAGAUGGGGUACAGGUGCACAAGCAGGUGGUGGAAAACCAGCAGCUGUUCGGCGCCCUCAAGGUGCUUCUGGAAGACCUGCGAGAGGAGCUGCGAGAGGAGGCGAGGGCACGACGGCGCCUGCAGCAGCAGCACGCCAGUGACAAGGCUGCCUGGGACGUGGAGUGGGCCGGGCUCAAGUGCCGCCUGGAGCAGCUGGAAGAGAAGACGGAAAAAAACUUGGGAGAACUAGGCUCCUCCUCGGAGAGCAAAGGGGCCUUGAAGAAGGAGAGAGAGGUGCACCAGAAGCUGCUGGCUGACAGCCACGGCCUGGUCAUGGACCUGCGCUGGCAGAUCCAGCACAGCGAGAAGAACUGGAACCGAGAGAAGGUGGAGCUCCUCGAGCGCCUGGACAGAGACCGGCGAGAGUGGGAGCAGCAGAAGAGGGAGCUCUUGUGGAGAAUAGAGCAGCUGCAGAAAGAGAGCAGUCCCCGGCGAGGUGGGAGCUUCCUCUGCGAUCAAAAGGAAGGCAGCACACGCCCCUCUCCCCACCAGGGAGGCCUGCGCCUGCCCCGGCCCGUGGCCAUGUGGCCUUGUGCAGACGCCGACUCCCUCCCAUUCGAAGACCGGCCGCUGUCCAAGCUGAAGGAGUCGGACAGGUGCUCGGCCAGCGAGAACCUCUACUUGGAUGCCCUGUCCCUGGACGACGAGCCGGAGGAGCCUCCACCCCACAGGCCCGAGAGAGACUUCAGGAACUGUGGCCCCGAGGAAGAAGACAACCACAAGGGAAAUCUUCAAAGGGCGGUGUCUGUGUCCUCCAUGUCGGAGUUCCAGCGCCUGAUGGACGUGUCCCCCUUCCUGCCUGAGAAGGGCCUGCCGUCUGCCAGCAGCAAGGAAGACGUCACCCCGCCCCUGUCCCCUGACGACCUGAAGUACAUCGAGGAGUUCAACACCAAGAGCUGGGACUACACGUCCCCCAGGUCCCCCAGCGGGGCUGGGGCCGAGAGGCCUACAGACCUCUGGGCAGACAGGACCGAGGCGGGGCGGGCAGGGUGCGAAGCCAGCGCGGAGCCCUUCUCAGACUCCUCCUGGUACCUGACCACGAGUGUCACCAUGACCACGGACACCAUGACCAGCCCUGAGCACUGCCAGAAGCAGCCGCUGCGCAGCCACGUCCUCACCGAGCAGUCCGGAGUGCGCGUGCUGCACAGUCCGCCCGCCGUUCGCAGGAUGGAUGGCAUUGUGCAGGGGGGCGGCGAGGGCAGGGGCCGGCUGGACCCCGAGGGGCCCUUUCCCACCAGCAGGGCCAGAGCAAGCCUGGGCGACGCCAAGGGGGGACCCCUGGAACCCAUGCUUGGGAGGUGGCCUUGUGCCCCCUGCAAUCACCCCCGAGACUACAUGGAGGGGGCCCUGCGCCCCCUCGAGAGCACCCUGUGUGCCCCCCUGGGCUUCGCCUCCCCCUUGCACAGCCUGGAGAUGUCCAAGAACAUGAGUGAUGACAUGAAGGAGGUGGCUUUCUCCGUCAGGAGCGCCAUCUGCUCCAGCCCGCCCGAGCCGCAAGUCAAGGACAUGGCCUGCCAGACCAACGGGUCCCGGACCACGGGCACGCAGACCGUGCAGACCAUCAGCGUGGGCCUGCAGACGGAAGCCCUCCGGGGCAGUGGCGGUGUCACCAGCAGCCCCCACAAGUGUCUCACACCAAAGGCGGGGGGCGGCACCACACCCGUGUCGUCUCCUUCCCGCAGCCUUAGGAGCAGGCAGGUGGCCCCCGCCAUCGAGAAGGUGCAGGCCAAGUUUGAACGCACGUGCUGCUCCCCCAAGUACGGGUCUCCCAAGCUGCAGCGGAAGCCCCUCCCCAAAGUGGACCAGCCAAAUAGCAGGACCUCACCGGGUGUGGCCCAGAAGGGGUACAGCGAGUCGGCCUGGGCACGCUCCACCACCACGAGGGAGAGCCCCGUGCACACCACCAUCAACGACGGCCUCUCCAGCCUCUUCAACAUCAUCGACCACAGCCCUGUGGUGCAGGACCCCUUCCAGAAGGGGGCGCGGGCUGGGAGUCGGUCCCGCUCAGCAGAACCCCGCCCCGAGCUGGGCCCAGGCCAGGAGACGGGCACCAGUUCCCGGGGAAGGUCGCCCAGCCCCCUUGGUGUAGGCGCUGAGACGUCUAGGGAGGAAGGGGGAGAGGGCACGCCGGUGAGGCAGGACCUAGCCGCUCCCCCUGGCUACACGCUUGCCGAGAACGUGGCCCGGAUUCUCAACAGGAAGCUGAUGGAGCACGCCUUAAGGGAGGAGGCGAGGCAGGCCGCCCACGGCCCCCAGAGUCUCAGUGACAACCACACGGCAGAUGCGGCCACAGCCGAGCCAGGGCCCAUGGAGGAACUACCUUGUUCUGCACUAGCUCCGUCCCUAGAGCCCUGCUUCUCCAGGCCCGAGAGACCAGCAAACCGUCGGCCUCCGUCCCGGUGGGCCCCGCCGUCCCCCACUGCCUCACAGUCUCAGUCCCCUGGAGACCCGACGUCCUUGGAGGAGCGUGGCGACGAGGAGCCGCCGGAGGAGAAGCCACGCCGUGAUGCAAGCUUGCAUGGAUUAUCACAGAAUAAUUCAUUGUGAUUUGCAUAACCACACCAUCAUCACGAACCAACCUCUGCCCCAAAGGAGAGCUCUGGUUUUCUCAAGGUUAAAGAAUGUUUAACAAAACAAAACAAAACAAAACACAGCUGCUGAAUGUUCAACCUGUGAAACUGAGAUGUUUCUAGAAUGAAACAGUAAAUGUGCCUGUAAUAACUUAAUUUUUUUCAUAGCUCAGAAAACUAUUUUUGUCUCCAUCUUUUUUACACACAAUAUAUUAAAUGAAAAAAGUAAAUAAGGUAUAAAUAGAUUUAAAAAAAUAAAAGUUUUAAAAAUGUACAUUUUAAGAGAUGCCGAACACCCUCUCGCUCAAACUGACUGCCUCUCUGUUAGAUUUGCACUGUUACUUUUUGGUUGGGUUUAUUUCCAUGUUGAAUGAGCGUGGUUUAAGUUAAUUUUAUUUUGUCAGUGUUACUGUGUUUUUAAGAAUUUUUUUUAAAUGCUUCAGACUGUCUGAUUCCGUGAACUUUUUGUACUGAAAAAGCCGUGGAGCCAGGAGAGCGGACAGGCGGUCUGUAGACUGAAGGAGAGGCGCCGAGCCCUCUGGUGCGCAGGGGGCACUGGCCGGCUGUGUAAUCCACCUGCUCUCCUCCGGGCCGCACGUCCGGUUUCAGGUGCAUGUACGUGACUGCGCUGUGUCCCCGCCCUCCCCGCCACGUGAGUCGGCCCGGCCCACUGUCGUCCGUCGUGACGCCCCUCGCCCUGCACUUUUAGCCUCGAGCCUCUGGCAUUGACGAGACAACAGCAACCACCUUUUUAAGAUGAUUGUUAAAGAGAUGGACGGCACUGAACAGAAGUGUACGCAAAAGUUUCUUGUUAAGGGAAAGCACUACACACAGGCACCAGGAUACCAAAUGGAAACACGACAGUGCCUCGGCGUCUGUGUGAGGCCGCGAUGAAGUAGAAAUAAAGCCUUUGCGA